GGGACACUAACCGGAUAUCGAUUGUUCCAGGGUGUUAGACAGCUUGACUCUGUGUCCUGCCUCCGUGCACACUGAAAACACUCAGGUAAACGCUACAGCUACUACACAAACAUAUCUGUUCAGCAGGGGCUCUAAGGUGACGAUUUCAUACUUAGAUCUCAGUAAUAGUGUUCGAUGAGUCACUGUCAUACUUGUGUAGUUUUGGUACUUACUCUGAAUGUGUCCGUAUAUGAUGAAGUAAAGUUCACUUCAGUCUGAAGGCAGCAAGGUUAGCCUUUAGCUCAGGAUGCUAACUGUAGCAUCCACUGUUAGCGUCCGCUGGUUAUUUGCUUUAAACUUCCGCAGUAAAUUGCUGUAAACUAACCAACAGCACCUGUUGACGCUAAAGGUAGAGGGUGACACUUCUAAAUAAAUUAUAACAUUGAAUAUCUAACCAGCACUUCAUGUCAGGGUGAGUAAUUCCUCUGAACCUUUAGCUUGGUAGCUAACAUGAUGAUGGACCGCAUGAGCCCCUCUGGACCGAAUCUCUGGACGUUUCACAGCAGAGUCCCGUCUAAUAUCUGAAAGUUGAGGAUUACUGUGUUAAUCUGCCGGAGCACAUUUAUUGUUGCACACUGUUUAAGGGUUAACUGCCCGUGAAUUGGGUUAAUGUUUGGUGUUUCUCAGGUUUAUUAUCGGCGUGUUUUUUCAGACUUUGAGAAGUUGAACGUUCACUACCUGAAACAGGCGUCAGCAGAGAUCAACAGAUAACCCGCACAGUGACGGUUAAACACCUGCGUCAUUCACGGCAGAGACAUUUGCUGCGUGUUAUUGGGGGGAAAUGAACGUCCCAGCCCAGCGUGGGUCUUUAUCUGAAGGAAGGGAGAAGUAAACCGAGCUGUACAGCACAGACGCACGGGGGUAGAGACAGUGCUGUGACCGUGCUUUCUGGGCAGGGGUGGAGGGAGGACUAGAGUACUCCAUCUAAAUCAGACUGCUGUAACUUUGCUGACAUUUUAUUCAAGUAGAAAUGAAAAGUACCGUUCACUUAAUCCAACCUGGCCAGAGCAGGCUACUUAUUUUAUCAUGCAUUUAUUGAGUAUAUAAAGCAGCUGGGGUAGGGGAGUAGGCUCUACCCCAAAGUAUUUAAAAGCCAAUUUUAUUUUCGUACAGUUUGUUGUCAUAUAGCUGGAGGCUAUAUGACAAUGUGUGAAGUGACUGUGUUUCUGCACAUCCAGGGUGAAGUAUGAUUUUUGUUUUAAGUACAGUGUGGAUUAGGGCAGGGUGAUAUGAGGAAAAAGUUUAUCAUCAUAUAUAUUUUUCAUAUCAGUCGAUAUUGAUAUAUAUCACUGUAUAAAAAAAUCUCUUGUCAAUCUUAAAUGUUCCCUGUUAAGGUCCUUAUACACCAGGAGCAUUUUUUUCGUGCGAUUAUUUUGGACGUCUAUGUUUUUUUUUCGAACCAGUAUCCUGUCAAUACAAGCGUUCACAUCAGCGACGUUUUCCCAUCCUGUGAUAUUGCGGCAUUUAUUUUUUCGGAUCAUGGUAGAUUUUUCUAAAGUUUCGCAUACUGUGUGUCCACUUCUGACCAAUCAGAUUGCGUGUUUUUACGACAUCAGAUUUACCGGUAUAUCCAACAUGGCCGACCAGCUGAUUGUUUACAUGUCGGAGAACAGAGUGCUUUUUGAUAAAAGACACAAACAUUACAAAGAUAACGACCUGAAGGACAACUUUUGGAGAGUCAAAGCGUCAGAUUUCUCAUAUGACGAUAGUUUGUGUGCUUUAACAGUUUGCUAAAUGUCUUGUUUAAACUUUCAUCUGUGCUAAGUAACUUUAGCUUGAAAGCUAACCCGUUCAGAUACAACUUACCAUAUGUAUUUUCACUGUCUCAAACUCAAUCACAGCGUUGCUGUCACAGCACCAUUAGGUCUCGGUUGUUACCUUAUGUUUAUGGAUUAUAGUUUCAUGUGUUUAUCUGGUACUGGCCCUGACUCAGUACAUGCUAUCAUGACAGGCAGUCAUCUCAACACUAGUGUCUAAUCAGAACUAAAAACAGUCAGUCUGCUGUUGUGUCAGUCUUCUCGCUUCCACCCAGGACGUGUCUUUUUUCCACCCGAAAAGUCGCAAAAUCGCAUCGGGCUUGAUGUGGACAGUCAGGCGCGUCAAAAUUCGCCUUCAAAUAUUUCAUAAUUUUGCGUCACAUUUGCGUCAUUCCUGGUGUGUAAGGACCUUUACUCUUAAAUGAAAUUUAACAGUAAGCUACUGCAUCUGUGAGGUCUUUGUGUCUCUUGGACCUUUUCAUGUAAGGCGUUGCGCAAGAGCAGUGGUUCUCAAGUCCAGUCUUCGAGGCCCACUGUCCUGCAUGUUUUGGAUGUUUCCCUGCUCCAACACACCUGAUUCAAAUGAUCAGCUCGUUAUCAAGCUCUGUAAUGGCUUAAUAACGAGCUGAUCAUUUGAAUCAGGUGUGUUGGAGCAGGGAAACAUCCAAAACAUGCAGAACAGUGGGGGCUCGAGGACUGGAUUGAGAACCACUACACUAGAGAAAUCGGACUGAAUGAUCGGUUCAGCGCGGCUAGACCUGGAGCAACUCCCCUUUUCAUUGGCUGUUUGUAUAGUCUACCAAAACAUGGCAGAAUGCCGACUAUUGAAAAGCAUAUUGACCAUGUUUUAAAUCGAUAUCAAGGGAAAUUAAAUUUUGAUAUAUUAUUAUCAUUUUAUCGCCCAGCCCUAGUGUGGAUGGUCCCUGCGCACUUGAGUUGCUGCUGACUGUGCACAGGCAUGCAUUAGUUGAGAGCUCAAUUAAUUGUAAUAAGUACCAACGGCAGUAAAUGCAGUAAGUAAACCCGUUGACAUGUUUCUUGGACCAUAUGUAAAACUUUUUUCAAGGAAACUUGAAAAAUGAAAGUGGUGUAAUGACAUCUUUUGACUGUGUUGAGAUUCAUGUAUUUGGAAGACUAAAGUGUUUUGUAGUGUUGACGUUACACAAUCAGCCAGUUGUAAUGCAGUUGAAGGAAAUAUUGUGUUUUUGCUAUUUUUUACUCAAAAUGUGUUUUUUUUUUGUUAAAUCUUGCACUACUUUCAGGAAAUACUGAAGUAAAAAUACUGUUCUAAAAAGAAGUAUAAAUACACAGAAAUAACUCACUUCGUGUCACAUCAGUGGGUGUAUUUUGUCACAGAAAUUAACUAAUGUCUCUACUCGUGUACAGAGGGGUGAAUGCAGAACACACCCUAGUUUAUCAAACUCAGAUCGUAUAGCAUACAAAUGGGCGGCCUGCUCAGGUAUAGUAGAUCUCUGUGCGGCAGACACUCUUACAAAUCAGCAUAUGAAGGGGCGACAGUACUGUGGGCACCUGUUUUCCAACAUUCUCUAAGCUCUGUAAUUCAACAAAAAUAAUCCUUACAAAAAAGGAUGUCACUAACAUGAUCUUGCUAUCUGCAGAUAAUAGCUUGAAGGUAAUUGUUGGCAAUGGAAAGCGUGAAACUUUCUGCACAUAUAUCAGCCAUUCUUUACAAUGUGUACGUCGGUAUCAGUAUUCCCCCAAAAUGAGUUUGAAGAAACCAACAUAUCAGGUGUCAGCUAAAAUCCAAUGUUGUUAUAAAUCCGACAAACAGUGACUGAAUAGACUCUGCCAUCUUGCUGAUAAAUUGUACAAUUCUUCUACACUUGUUUUUUAGAGUUUUUCUUUUUUUAAUCAAGUUUUUAUGGACUCUUUUUUUCUCGAUCUGUAAAUCACAGCUUUUGAAAGAACAUGUCAUACUUAGUAACGGGGUCAGCCACACCUCCACUCUGAGUAACGCUUGCUCCCAGUUACUAAAUCACUCUUUAGAAUCAGCUGAGGGUUUUCUGAGCUCCGAGCUCUCUGAGAGGAUUCUCACAGUGUGCGUGAAUCUGGGCAGCACUGCUCUCUAAUAACACUCUGGUUGUUCUCUUGACAGGCUAAUGCAACACGUUUAAUAGACUGAUAGACUUUGGCUCGUCGUCACACUGAGUGCUGCAGACUGGUGCAGCACUCAGAAGAUUGACACAGUCAGGAAAAGAGAGAGAGAAAACAACAACAACUGGGUUUUUAUUGCAAACGGUGUGAUAAAAAAGCUCAUCACGAUCAAUUGAUUGGAGAAAAAAAAGGUCUUGAAGGUUUAUAGAGUUGUCAACUGCUUUUUUUAUGGCCCUUGUGUCACUAUGAGUCAUUCUCCAUUUGGAAGACAUUGCUGAACUUCAUGUUAUGUCUUUCCUGGUACCUGACACAUUUUUUUGUAUUUCUCUGUAAUGUUUGUUUAUGCAACAGUUUCACUCAUAACGCUUCACUUUCUCUGAUUUUCCAGCCUGUGAUCAGAACCCAUGGAGACAGCUGGAGUUUGUGAGAUUGAUGUGGGCACCAGAAGAAUAGUGGGAGGCAGUGAUUCUCCACCAGACCUGGACAGUCCAUCUCAGGUAAAAUCUGGGAUUACACAAUCCCACCAUUGAAACAGCACAGGUGUUAUCUGGGCAGAUAGUUGAGUAUUUUUGAGUUUGUCAUACUUAAUGCUACAGACACCUUUCUGCCAGAACCCAACAGGCAGAGGUAAGGAACCAAACUGUGCAUUGUUAUUGGCAGUUAAAAGAACCAAGAACCAAGGCCCUAAAGGCCCAGAUACUGGGAUGGAACUGGUUUUGGAACUUUCUGUAUUUCAGUCAUCUGGAUUUGUGUUGUCAUUCGCAGGAGGUAGCAGAGUUUGAUUUGGGGUUGUGCUGCGCUGAAGAGGAAAGAGGUGAGACACCCGGCAGAGAAGACAGUCCUAGUGACCUUGGGGAGGCAGAGCUUGACCCUGGAGGAGACCCCAAGACUGGAGAGGACCAGGCUUUUGGUAGGAACCUUACAGUGUACUGAAUAGGCUGAAUGAAGCAUGCUCCUCUUUCGUCUCAUGUUUAAUGAGGAUUUCCACAGUUCUCGUGGUUUCAGUCCUUUUAAAAAGACACUCUCUUCUUCUUUGCUUUCAGGGAAAGAGGUCGUUCUUUUAAUGCAGGCUUUGAACUCACUGGCCACCCCCGAGGAAAAACUGGCUGCUUUGUGCAAGAAAUAUGCAGACUUGGUGAGUUGAAUAUGUGAAUAUCUAAUUUGACACGGGAUGUGUAUUAAAAGUGUUUUCUUGAAUCAAGCUUUGGGAGUGUUUAAAAUGCUCUUGAUUGUCCCAUUAGAAAAUUAUAAUGCAUAUAACUGAGUGUAAGGAGGUUUACGAAUGAUUGAGCCUACUGGAUAUCAACAAGUGGAGCAGGCUCAUACAAAUAUUUAACUAGUGACCCCAACAUAAAGAUAUUUGACAAUCAUAGUUUUCUACCCACUUGUUUUCUCUGAGAAAAAGAAGCGUGUCCACACGGUCAGGAGUGUCAGGAGUGUCAUCUGAUCACGAUCAGUGUGGCGGCAGGAAACAUGUUCUUAGGAGGCACUGUUAAUGUUGGCGUGUAGAGGUGAUGGUGUGCCAGCGUUUCUAGUCAGAGAUCUCUCUGCAUCCACUUUCCCACAGACGGUCAGUUUUGUAUCCAUUGGUGGGGUAAUGUCCUGUAAGAAGUCUUAAACCUCUGUGUCCUGUCUCUUAGUAGUAAAAGCUGUUUUGUAUUCUCUUGCCCAGAGAAAAAGCCAUGUAGAUGUUCAAAUGCAGACGUGAGCCACAACUGGAAAGGACGCAGCACUUAGACCUUGUUGGUACAUUUGACCCUUUCAGACAUGCACAAAGUUCCAAAAAAAUUACCCAGCAUUCCCCUGGGUGAGCUGUAUGUGUGUGAACAGAAACAGCCGAGUUUCUCACCCUGAUUUCACCCGUAACACUUCCUGCUAGCUCCCUUGGUAUCCUGGGUAAAGCCUGGGUAGAAACAAACAGCAAGUCUUCUGCUGGUGGUGGCAGGAGGAGCGGGCGGAUGUCUCACCCAGUCAGAGCUAAAAUGUUGGUGUGGUGUAAAUCAAUAAAAAAUGAAGUCAGUUUGUGCUUUUGAUCAAAGUUGUCAGGUUAUAAACAGAGAAACAUUUAAGUAUGAUGUUUCUGUGCGCUAGUAUGACCCUUUUAUUGAACAUUUUAGGAGAUAUGUAAUUCAGGGCAUCAAUAUCUCCUAUGAGAUUAUACUCCCAGGAAGGAAUCGCUCCAUAUCACACCACUACUCUCUUCAUUUGCAUUGACAGAGGUGGGUGUAGGAACAUGCGCUGAUCCUCUAUUACACAGUCCAUCAUUAAGACGUACAAAGAAGCUUACCUCUGUUGUGUUGUCCCUGAUCUAAGAACAAUCCCAUGAGGGACAAGCUAGAGCCGCUUAACGGCACAUCUCCUUGGGAAACAUUAUUUUGAGCCUGGAAGAGCAGUGUGUGACAGGAUCAGAAAAAUCACAGUAAAGUUCUUGAGAUGGUCUUAAACCUGCAAGUCCUUUUCAGCAUGUUUGUUUCACUGCACUGUUCAUACAAUGGAUAUGUUUAAUUACUCGUCACAUUGGUACAAAAGUAAAACACCACUGUGAAAGCGAACACAAACUUUGAGCAAACUUUAUUGCAGUCACUGACAAUGAGACAGCAGUGGUGGGUUUGCAAACAGACACGUAUAUUUGGGGCUAGGAGGAAACAGAAAUGACUGAAAGUAAAUGAAAACCUUUAGAAGAAUCACAGGAAGGGGUCAGUGGUCCUGAUCUGAAAUGCGGUUGUUAAGCAUGACAGCGUUAGCAGCGUCUGUGCGACAGCACAAUCAGCUGCUUGACCACCCCUAAGUCCAUGCGGCAGGGGAGACUUUAUGGGUGAGAACCUCUGAACUUUUCCAGACUAGAAGUCUCAAAAGGGUAAAUGCUUGAAACUUUUAACAGCUCCUUGAUGUGAAGGACAUGUACUAUGUACUAACAGCGUGUAAUUUUUCCUCAAGAAUACAUUGUUUAUGUGUUCAAGAAAAGUAGCGAGCUGAACCAUAAUCAAAUCUUUGAAUGUUUUCAGCUGGAGGAGAGCCGCUCCAUGCAGAAGCGUCUGAAAGCCCUGCAGAAGAAGCAAUCUCAGAUUGUGAAGGAGAAGGUCCACCUGCAGGGGGAGCACAGCAAGGCUAUCCUGGCACGCAGCAAGCUGGAGAGUCUCUGUAGGGAGCUGCAGAGACACAACAAGACACUGAAGGUACACCUCAGUCCAACCACAGCUGGAUUUAUGGGUGUUGUUUGCAUCAGCUGACUUUGCUGGUCAAUCACAGGCAGCUCAGCCCUAUCACAAGGCAAACAAUUGAUCCAUAUGUAGAUCCCUGCGGACAUAAUCAAUGAACCACUAGAGAAAUGAUAACAGUGUCAAUAUUUAUUAAGAUUGAAUCUGUCCUUGGUGUGAAUGGAACAGUUUUCCCUCUCUCUGCUCAGCUUCUUUUAGUCCCCACUGAGCUCCUCCUAUUUCCACCCUUGUUUCCUGACAGGAGGAAAAUGCUCAGCGCUCCAGGGAGUAUGAGGAGCAGCGGAAGGAGGCCAUGCUGCACUUCCAGAUGACCCUGAGUGAUAUCGAGGUGCAGAUGGAGCAGCACAGCUCCCACAACGCCAAGCUGAGACAGGAGAAUAUGGAGCUGGCCGAGAAGCUGAAGAAACUCAUUGAGCAGUAUGAGCGCAGAGAGGAGGUAUACCCCCCCCCCCCUACUUAAGAUUAGAAAAAUCAACUGAAGCUGUCUUGCAAACAGUACAAAGAGGGCUGCACGCAUGUUCAUGUGCUGCUUUAUAUACAGCCGGGCGUAAGAGGCGCUACGAAUGAAAAAUCUACCUCCAAUCAGGGGUCACAGCAGAGCUACUUCUAGGGAGUGCCAAGAGCUUUUUGUGAGACCAUUAAAUAUGUAAAUUUCAGGCAUGCCCAUGAGUUUGAAAAUUCAUCUUUUUAUGGCAUGUUUAAAAGCAGCUUAUUUGGCUGACGGUGUAAUAGCGGUAAUUCCUUGUAUUCCAGUAGAGUCCUCACACCUUUGGUCCUGGAGCCCUAAAAAAAAAAGAAAUAGUCAUGCUGCCAUUAGCUCGUCUGUUGGUGCCAAACUUUCCCUAUUCAGUUCUUCUCACGUGUCUCUAUUGCAGCAUAUAGACAAGGUCUUUAAGCACAAGGAGCUGCAGCAGCAGCUGAUGGAUGCCAAGCUGCAGAGAAUCACUGAGAUGAUGAAGGAAGUCGAGGAGAAGCAGCAAAGAGAGAGAGACUUUGUGAGUAUCUCUGUGCUUAUUUUCACAGACCAUAAAAAAAUGUCCCCAUGACGGGACAAGUUAAGGUUUAUCUCAUGUUAUCUCACAAGUUAUGUUGUUUAUUUAUGUUUUACAACCAGGUCAUUGUUAGUAGCUGAGCAGAGGUUAACUGUGUCAACUUUCUCCCUCAUUGUGUUGUAUGUUGAUUCUGAAGCUACUGAAGGACGCUACGGAGUCCAGACACAAGUGUGAGCUGAUGAAGGAGCAGGAAACACAGCUCAAGCAACAGGUAGAUGCACACACACACACACCGGAAAUAAAGACAAAAACACUGUGGUUCCCCAUCCGGAAUAUACAACUCCACAUAUGAAGCAUCAUAGGACAAUAUCAUGAAAAAGAAGACCCUGAGCUGUCGGGUUCCUCAAAUCACAUAUCAGACAAUAAUGGAAUGUUUCACUGUGAUGAUAAGUCCAGAAACUGGUCGACAUGUCUCCAAAAUAUUUGGUAAAAGAAGAAGCAACACAACAGUAAAUAUGCCCAGCUGUUUGAAAUCCUGUUAGAGUCCAUCUUUAAAUGAGCUUAUGAUUUUCAUCAACACAAACAUUUUUCACUCUCAAUGUUGUUGUUGGACUUUUGUCAAUGAAACAGUUGCAACCAUUUGCUAAACUAAACCAUCUUUUUUUUGUAACAUUUAAGACAGAGUCCAAACUGAUAUGAUUUUUUUUAUUAUUGUUGAGAGCUUUUGUUCAGCUUCUCUUUCAUCUCCUGGCUGAGAGAUCUGAAAGUGUCUGCUCUUGUCUGUCCCAGCUCUCCCUGUACAUGGACAAGUUUGAGGAGUUUCAGAGCACUCUGGCCAAAAGCAACGAGGUCUUCACCACUUUUAGACAAGAGAUGGAGAAGGUGAGGGCAAGACACGGCUCAUUGUCUGUUAUUGACUCAAGUCACUCGUCUCCCAGUGACUCUUAACUGGUUUGAUUUAACCUCCAGAUGACCAAGAAGAUCAAGAAGCUUGAAAAGGAAACGACACAAUGGAGGACCAAAUGGGAGAGUAACAACCAGGCCCUGCUGCAGAUGGCUGAGGAGGUGGGUUUGAGCAUUCACACAGGUCAGAGCUGGGCUCAGGUCUCCAUCAGGAUUGAAUUGGGGGUAAACAGCCACCCUGGUGCUGUCCUAGGGUCAAACUGAACCCAACAACAUGAACAUGUUCAUAAUUAUCAAUAUAUAGAGAAAGAGAGAUGUGUUAUUGUAUUUCUUUUGAAUGAGUCCAUCAGUUUGACAGCUUUUUUUUAGACUUAUGAAGACCAGGCCUUUGUUUUAUUUCUCCAACAAGCUUCUUUGAAGUCCCACUGAGGUUGUUUUUUUUUUUUUUUUACUACUUAAAGUGUUCUCAGUGGUCUUUAAAUUGUGAAUAUAAAGAUUUUAGCCAAAAUCACAUUAUCCGUGUCAUUUUCAAGAGCUUUUCUUCUGCGUAGCUCCAGUAGCUCAUUAGCAAUAUGCCUCUGAGUCGUGGGCGGAGACAGCGCUGCUCUGCACACUCCUCUUCACGCUAGCUUGCAGCCUAACAUUGCCAGUGUAGCAGGUAACAUAGGAGCUACUCAACUCUCUGACACUAAUGUCUUUGUGGACAUGAUGAAAGUUAAUAUCAUAAUUAGCUUUAUUACAAGUAUUGCAAUCCUUUUCCGCACACGCUUGUUCUGUGAUCGUCCUCUCUACUUCUCAGAAUCUGGCCUGCAUAACGGGGCUCUGGGGGCGGAGCUUGGGUUUGUGACAUAGGAAAUCCCACUGUGUCUGAGCCUGCCGUCUAGGUCUGCCAGAGAUUCACAGCGAUUUGAAAGAAGAUACUCAGAAAUGUGAUUUCGCACUAAUUUUUCUCAUGAUAUGUCCUGUAGCAUCAGAAAAAUGCCAUAUGAACAUGCAGACAACAAGAAAAACAUGAUUUUCAUCGGAGUGGGUCUUUAACUGUUUCUCUCUGAUGGUCAGUCUGAAGACUACUGCAUGUGAGCCAAAGCUCUGUCAAUGAUGCUCUUUGAUUGAUUGAUGAAAUGUUGGCUCUUGUCAUAGAAAACCCUGCGUGACGGCCACUUUAAGGCACUGCAGGGGAAGCUGGAGCUGCUGGAGAGGCUGUGCAGGGCCCUGCAGAAGGAGAGGAACGAUCUGAACAACCGUCUCAGCUUCCUCCAGGAGCAAGGAGACAAAGGGACCACAGCUCCUGAAGCCCAGCUGCAGGAGCCUCCAACAGGGGAGGCAGAUGAAGAAGAUGAGGAUGAAGAUGAGGAAGAUCUGGAACAGGACAGCGGGCCCGAGACAGAGAACAUCCACCAGUCUCCCAGACCACCUGAACAAGACCCAACACCAGCUGCUACUGACAAAAGCACUACUGCUAUGACGACAUCGACCAGCCAGCCAGCAGACACACCGCCCACACAGCAGGACUGAGACGGUUGGUGUGUGAAGCUCCACACACCUCCAGCCUAGUUCCAUAACAGCAGAAAAGUUGUCUUUGAUGGAGGUAGAGAUUUCUUUCUUUCUUUGUUUCUUUUUUAAUUUUAGACUGGUCUCUCCAGGUCUUUCCAUUUAACCCCCAACCCUUCUGUUUUUGUGCGAUAGGUAAAGAAGAAUGUAACGACUGUAUCAAAGAGUCUCUUGUUAAACUUUGCCCAUAUUUACAUUGGUUGUUAAAAUUGGCUUUAUGGUGAGCAGUUUUACUCUUUGUUUUCUACUAUGACUGUAUUUUCAUAAGGGAAUUAGCCUUUCAUUGUCUCUCUCUCAUGCUCUGUUCCCCUGUCGUCUUGUCCUCAACAAAGUUCUGGUUGGAUGAAAUCCACAGAGAGGUGUAUCACAUGGAUACUGCCACAGGCCACUUUGACAUUAUUCUAGCCUUGGAGUCAGAAUUGCACGUGGAGAGCUGGAAAAGGAAAGAGAUGUUUUGUAGAGCAUCUGCAAAUUCGUUCUUGGGCUCAUUUCACAUUGAGGGCAUUUUUUUCUCAUCACAUCAUGCUAUAUGUUGACCAAGUUGAAGCUUUUGAAAGCGUCACAGCAAUAUUAAUCAACAUGUGGACAUGAAGAAGUCAGUGUUAGUGUGAAGCGUAGUCAGAGAGUUGGUGAGCCACAGUACCUGUCCAUCAAGGUGGUAAAACUACCUGCAAACUCAAGAUCAUCAAGAAGCCUUUGGUAUAUUCAGGACUCAGUGCUGAGGACAAAAGCCAAUCCAAGAAUCCAGAUCACGCAGACCAAAAACUCAUUCACAAGUUUGACUACAAAAUGGCGACAGUCCUCUUUGAUCUGCUCUAAGCCUAUUGAGAGCUCCAGUACUCGUCAAUUCCACCAUGCGUCACCACACAAGUGCAAAAUGUCCCAACGACUCCGAUUUCCAGGUCAGACCAUUUGAGUAGAUUAGAACCACUGACCCAAACCUGUCUUAAAGACACAAAGAAAAAUGAAUGUGAUCGGCGUUUUGAUAUUGUUUUGACCCCAUCCUGUGAUUCCCCUCUUACAUUAGACUUGAACACUCCCAUCUUCUCUGUACUUUCCAUUGUCACUGAGCUUUUCUCUUUGGGCACUUUAAUAGGUUCUUUUGUUGGCCUGCUAAAGGGAUAUUCCGGUGUAAACUUAGGUUACGGUCAAACACACCGUAACAUCGAGUUAGACAACCAGGCCUCGAGAGAUGAAUGUUGCCAACCACUUGCUUCGCUAGUUAUACCAACUUUAGUAACGACCACACAAUAGCAAUACACAGCAGUCUGAGGAGCCAUAAACAAACCUCAACCAAAAUGCCACUCUAUAGCCACAAAUGCACCUAACUUCAUCAACAGUACAUAUAGGGUCCUAGCCAUAGUACUAGCCACCAAACGUGUUUUUAGCUUUGCUUUAUUUCUUUAGCAAAAACCUAAACGCAACUCACCUACUCUCUUCCAGCAGCCGCUUGUUUGUGGGGGAGCCCUGACAAGAUCACAGAGUGCAGUGGAGUUUCGCAGCUAAAAAGAUGUUUGAAGGCUAGUACUAUGGCUGGGACCCUAUAUUUACUGUUGAUGAAGUUAGGUGCUGUUCUGAGCAUUAUUUGUGGCUAUAAAGUGGCUUUUUGGUUGAGGUUUGUGAGUGAAGACAUAACCCGCUGUGUAUUGCUAUCGUGCGGUCGUUACUAGAGUUAGUAUAACUAGAGAAGCAAGUGGUCGGCAACAUUCAUCUUUCAAGGGGUUGUCUAACUUGAUGUUUCAGUGUGUUUGACCACAACAUAAAUUUACGCCUGAAUAUCACUUUUAAAGGCCAGAUACCAUGAGGACUGCACAUGAUUUUUUACGCCAGUCUCCCUAAAUUGUUGUCUCUGCCCUCUUUUUGGGAAUCCUAGUUUAACUUGAUUGAUCCAAGACCAUUGUGUCGCUUUCUUUCUCCCCCUCUGAGAUUGUACACAGCUCACCAAAGCGUAGUGAAGGAGCAUGUUCCUGCAGCAGUCUACCUUUGGGCUCACCAGCUCGUAGCCUUUCUUUUGAAUGCAGUAAUAGGGUAAAGUCUGCCAGAAUCAUACAGGUAAUACUUCCAGCUUUUCUUUUUCAGUUGUACACUUAGCAGCUAAGAAAGGCCGUCAGUGACUGAUGGUACAGUCCGAUUCGAUCAGCGACUUCUGCUCUAAACUUCUCCCGUCAUGUUCACAUUAAAAGGAUUCAGAAACGAAGCUGAUGGGAACACGAACAGGGUCAAGUGCUGUGUGCAUGAUUUUCUUAGAGUAGAGGACAAGUCUGGUCACGCCCACUAAGGGGAGACUUUUCAGCAUCUGUUCCUCUUUCUUUGGCCCAGACUGACUCUCAGGUAAAGUCAGAAUCUACCUCUGCAGGAGAGACUAACUGUGAAAGAAGACGCAUGAGUCACCAUAGCUUUGGAGAGCUUUAUUUUUUACUAAAAAAAACAGAUGAGCCCACAUCCCCUCUUUGAUUGUACAAUGUUCUUAAAAGUCCUGUCUUGCUUUUCAAUAAACACUUUGUAGAAUUUGCAAAA